CGUAUUUUGGUUGCCUAGAAACCGGUGUAACAAAAGACAGGUGCUGAGCUGAAGUGUGCGCAUUUGGACGCAUGUUUGGUCUAUAAAAAAUUGCGAUUCAUGAUGAAUAAGGAGCUGGAUGAAGAUGCACUGCAAGACCUCUACGCUUGGAUCGAUAAAAUAAAACUCUCCAGACCUAAAAGGAACAUCUCCCGUGACUUCAGUGAUGGAGUUAUGGCUGCUGAAGUUGUGAAGCAUUUCUACCCGAAGCUGGUGGAGAUGCACAACUACACUCCUGCACACUCCACUCAGCAAAAACUGAGUAACUGGAACACGCUAAGCAGGAAGGUCUUCUCCAAACUCAAUUUCAAUUUACCAGCUGAAACCUUAAAGAAAAUUACGCUCAGCACACCGGGCACCAUCGAGCCAGUUUUGUGUGCUCUCAGAGAGAGACUAGAGGACAAACAAGUAUGGAGAGUUUUAAACGGCACCCAGGAUUUACAAUACUACAGCACUGUAAAUGAGAAAGCAAAAACAGAUAAUGACCAGAGCACGCUUGAAAACUCUCACAAGACAGCUGUGAAAAAGACCGAGAAAUUAAACCCUACUAUAGUAUUGGGUGAAAAUGUAGAUCCAGCCUUCCGCCUUAUUUUGGAGGAGAAGGAACAAGCUCUGUUGGCUUUACAGGAGACUGUAGAGAUUUUACAGAUAAAAGUAAAUAGGUUGGAGCAUCUGGUUCAUCUGAAGGACCUGCGCAUUGAAGACCUGACUAAGCACUUGGAGAGGUGCAAACUGCUGAAAGAUCCGGAGCCAAGUCUGUAGCAUCAUCUCACUGUAAUGUAAUCUGCAGACAAGCUGUCAGCUGCUGGUAUGGACUGCCUAGUCAUCUCUUUAAAGACACAUUCUGUCCACUCCCCAGAGAAAAAUGAACAAUUAAUCAAACACAGGAUGUAUGAACAACUCCUCGGGAGAAACACAAUUCUAUUUAAUCUACUACUACUACUACUAAUAAUAAU